UGCUAACCUAAAUACUCAUUGAGUAUGUAGCUGCAAGUUGUGGUGUUUCAAUGAGAAAUCUAUCCACCUAGGACAAUGAACUACAUCUAUUUCUUCAUGAUUAUACUAGGCACAACCUCAAUAGUUCUUUCCAAACCGACGAAACCAUGUGCAAGAGGGUACAAGUAUGAAACAGCUAUGCCUAACGUAGGAGAAAAAGGUCACGCAUGUGCUAUUUGUCGCAAGAAAUUAUGGUUUGGGGAAUCAGACUGGGACAACGCUACCUUCGGCUGCGAGGAAGACUUGAAAUGUGUAUUGUGUGGAUUAGAUUACUACGCUACUUGCCACACAGCCGAUAAACUUAGAGAAGAAGGCUGUACGGAACAGAUUCAAGUAGGGAAGAGACAAAAAUAAGUAUGAGUAUACAAAAAUGUAUAUGAUGAAAAAUGAUUCUUAUUAAAUAAUAAAUAUAUUGGAGAAGUGUAUUAUAUCAGUAGAAAAAAGAAAAAAAAACUAGUAUUAAGU